AUGUCCUCACCAACUCUUUUGUUGAUGUUGCUUGGUCUUACGACGUACGGUUUCGGACAGGACUUAAAGUGUGCAUCGAGUACUAAAUAUUACAUCCCAAACGUUACCGGCAACUGGUUCCAAGCGACCGAGUAUUGCAACUCGAUCGGAAUGCGCCUGGCAGUGAUAACGAACGCCCAGGAUAAUACCGUCGUGGUUGAGUUGGCUAAAGCGGACAGCAAAUACAAGCCGGCCGUUUGGAUCGGUGGAAGUGAUCUCGGCCGGGAAGGUGAGUUCUACUGGCAACCAACGGGGGCAAAGUUCAGCUACACCAACUGGAACGCGACACAGCCGGACGAUAUGGGAAACGAGAAUUGUGUGGAAAUUAGAGCCGAAUUCGCCUACAAUUGGAACGAUCACAGAUGCGAGCUGGUGCAGCAUUUCGUGUGCGAAAACAUCGAACCGAAUAGAGUGACGGUACUGUUUUGA